AUGUCCGGCCGCAAGAGAAAGCAAGAGGAGGAGGAAGAGCUUGUCUCCCUGCCCAGCGGCGAUGAGGAGGAGGAGGACAUUGCCGAUGUCAUCGAGAUGAAGCGACAACAUAUAGAUUUGCGAGCUCAAGCAGACGAUGAGGAUGACGAAGAAGAGGUCGACGAUGAAGAGGACGAGGAGUAUGAUGAGGAAGCGGAAGGCGAGGAAGGUGAUGAGGAAGACGAGGAGAAUGCCGCCCCAGCACAAGCCCCUCCCAAGAAGAAGCUAAAGACGGCCUCUGCCGCUAAGGGCGAGGCUCCUAGCAAGAACGGCGCCGCUGCCAACGGUGAUCGAGAGGGCGAGGGCGAGGAGGAAGAGGAGGAAGAAGAAGAAGAAGAGUUCGACGAGGAUGACGAAGAAGCCGAGGGCGAGGAAGACGAAGAAGAGGGAGCCGAGGGAGACGACAGUCCCGCAAAGGGCGUCGGCAAAGCGACGGCGCCUGCAGCCGCUAAGAGCCGCUCCAAGGCUGUCGCUUCUGGCGGCGAUGAGGAAGACUGA